AUGGUAAAAAAAAUCAGCAUAACUAAAAAACUUAUUGAUAAAUACAAAUAUUGUAAAGUCAGAGACGAUAUAGAUUUAGAAAGAAUUGAAGGUGGAUUUAUAUUUUCCCUACCUUUAAUAUUUAGUGGACUUAUUGCAGCCGGUACAAUAGCUGGUGCUACAGCUGGUGGAAUAAAAGCUGCCAACGAUAAGAAAGCAGAUGAAGUAACAGCUGCUGCCGACGCAAAGAAAGCAGCCGAACAACGUAGACAUAAUUUAAAAAUGGAAAAGUUGGCCGAAGGUUCAGGAGUGGGAGAAAUGAUAGGCACAAUGAAAGAAUUUGGAAAAAGAUUUAGUGAAGAAACCAAGAAAACUGUUAAACAAGGAUUAAAAAAAUUAGUAGAUAGUAUUGACAUAGGAGAAAUCAAAGUCAUAAGGAAAUAUUUCCUAAUAACCCAAUGCUCAUGUAUAUGCGGUAGUUCCGGUUCUGGGAAAACUCAGCUCACUUCUAACAUGUUUACAACACCAAACCUUUUAGAUUUCGAUUCUUUGUAUAUCUACACAACAACACCAGAGCAAUCGUAUUAUCAAUUUCUCAAAACUUUAGAAUAUCUACCAAAGAGAGAUGUUCACGACCUAUUUCAAUAUUACAAAGAAAACGAAGAAAAAGUGGAAUUGAAAGAUUUCAUAGAUAACUACAUCGAAGGAAAGAAACCAACGGAUAUAAAAGUUUUUCUUACGAAAAAUGUUAAUGAUCUAGAUUUGUCGAGCGAAAGAACUUAA